AUGUCCCCCGAUCCUGCCACGGACGCGCCUGUCGCGAGCAAUGUCCCCGCCGACGCCAACAUCGACCAUGCGGCUUCCAUUAGAUACUGGAACAGCGUGCCGGCCACGUCCAACGCCAUGCUGGCCAUGCUCGGCAAUUACCCCUGGUACUCGCGCAUCGAUCUCCGAGGAUCGAAGACGUUUCUGAGCAAGGUGCGACGAAUGAUCCCGUCGUGUCCGACGGACGGGAAGCUCGCGCAGGCCGUGGACUGCGGCGCCGGCGUCGGACGCGUGACGGAAGGAUUCCUCAGCCACGUCUGCGGGGUGGUCGAUGCGGUGGAGCCCGUCGCGAAGUUCACGCAGGUCAUGCAAGACGGAUCGCUGAAGAGGGACGGGGUGGUCGGGGACAUCUAUACCAUGGGCAUUGAGAGCUGGAAUCCGGAUAAGAAAUACGACCUGAUCUGGACGCAGUUCUGCGUGGGCCAUUUGACGGAUGAGCAGCUGCGGGAGUACUUCGUGCGGUGCUGUGCGGCCCUCACCGAGACGGGGCUCAUCGUGGUCAAGGAGAAUAUGUCGACGGAUCCGCAGGGCGAGGAUAUGUAUGACGAUGAGGAUAGCAGCGUGACGCGGACGGACGAGAAAUUUAGGAAAAUCUUCGCCGAGGCCGGCAUGAAUCUGAUCACGUCGGAGCUGCAGUUGGGAUUCCCGAAGAACUUCAAGCUUUUGCCUGUUCGGUUCUAUGCUUUGCGACCUAAAACCUGA